CAAACUUCUGCUUAACUUUGGUCAUAAGGUUCAUAUGAUCUCAAGGUUUCGGCAAAAAUCAGUCUCUCAAAUGUCAACUUCAGCUGUUGGAUAUCUUGACGGUACGUUCGGUUUACAAGCAAGGGACUGGUGAAGGGCUGCUUGGCCCCAGCUGGUUUCAAGAGACUGACCUUGGACAGGAGAUGGACGGCUUUGGUUUUGAGCAAUUUGGUGCAGUAGCAGCAAGGGAGAGCCAGGAGGUGGAUUAUCGCAGAAUUGUGGGGGAAACCCAGCCACCACGUGCGACUGCUGGAUCCGAAAAAGGUGAACAGUACGUUCGUCAAACCUCACAUGGCCAUGGACAUGAAACUGCAGCCCAGCGAUACAGCGCCACACGCAUCCUGGCUGGUCUUGGCCCAGAGAGCAUGGCGGACUACCUAAUUAGUGGCGGCACAGGCUACGUACCUGAAGAUGGACUCUCGGCUCAGCAGCUCUUCUCGAUUGGAGAUGGCCUCACGUACAACAGAUCUGACCAACAGUGCGUUGUCUCCGACGGUCAAACGGCUGAAGAGCUUUGCUCUAAAGGAGAUGGGUUGACUUACAACGACUUCCUGAUCUUGCCCGGCUUCAUCGACUUCACAUCAGACGAAGUGGACCUGACAUCAGCACUGACCAGGAAGAUCACGCUGAAGACCCCGCUCAUCUCCUCCCCCAUGGACACGGUCACAGAGUCGGCCAUGGCGAUCGCAAUGGCGCUAAUGGGAGGCAUCGGCAUCAUUCACCACAACUGCACACCGGAAUUUCAAGCCAAUGAGGUCCGCAAGGUUAAGAGGUUUGAGCAGGGUUUCAUCACAGACCCCGUUGUGAUGAGUCCGCACCACACAGUCGGGGAUGUGUUCGAGGCCAAAGUAAGACAUGGCUUCUCUGGUAUUCCCGUCACGGAGACGGGCAAAAUGGGAAGCAAGCUGGUGGGCAUCGUGACCUCCAGAGAUAUCGACUUCCUUUCUGAGAAAGACCGCAACAAACAUCUGGAGGAGGCUAUGACUAAGAGGGAGGAGUUGGUUGUGGCUCCAGCUGGCGUUACGCUGAAAGAAGCCAACGAUAUUCUGCAGCGCAGUAAAAAAGGGAAGCUUCCCAUCGUGAACGAUAACGACGAGCUGGUGGCCAUCAUUGCCCGGACGGAUCUUAAGAAGAACAGGGACUACCCGCUGGCCUCCAAAGACUCGCGCAAACAGCUGCUCUGCGGCGCCGCCAUCGGCACCAGGGAAGACGACAAGUACAGACUGGACCUGUUGGUGCAGGCUGGAGUGGAUGUUGUUGUGCUGGACUCCUCGCAAGGCAACUCGGUGUAUCAAAUCAACAUGAUAAAUUAUAUUAAACAGAAGCAUCCAGAAUUGCAAGUUGCCGGAGGAAAUGUGGUCACGGCAGCCCAGGCCAAGAAUCUGAUUGAUGCUGGUGUGGAUGCUUUAAGAGUCGGCAUGGGCUGCGGCUCCAUCUGCAUCACACAGGAAGUCAUGGCAUGUGGGCGGCCCCAGGGGACCUCAGUGUACAAGGUAGCAGAGUACGCCAGGCGCUUCGGCGUGCCAGUCAUCGCCGAUGGCGGCAUUCAGACUGUGGGCCACGUGGUGAAGGCCCUUUCCCUCGGAGCGUCGACUGUUAUGAUGGGCUCGUUGCUAGCGGCAACCACCGAGGCUCCAGGAGAGUACUUCUUCUCAGACGGCGUGCGGCUGAAAAAGUACCGCGGUAUGGGCUCCCUGGACGCCAUGGAGAAGAGCACCAGCAGCCAGAAACGCUAUUUUAGUGAGGGCGACAAGGUGAAAGUGGCCCAGGGUGUGUCGGGCUCGGUCCAGGACAAAGGCUCCAUCCACAAGUUUGUACCGUACCUGAUAGCUGGUAUCCAACAUGGCUGCCAGGACAUCGGGGCAAAGAGCCUCUCUGUCCUCCGUUCCAUGAUGUACUCCGGAGAACUGAAGUUCGAGAAGCGCACCAUGUCUGCACAGGUGGAGGGAGGCGUUCACGGACUCCACUCUUUCGAGAAGCGGCUUUACUGAGCGGCAGAUGGCUGGAGCACACAUCAGCGGUGCAUGUGACCUACCCAAACUAACAGUGCCCAAAUGUUAAAACUGCCACUUGUGCGAAUAUGCGUACCACCCACUACUCUGCCCUCCCCCCCACCGUGUCGUAUCCACAGUUGCUCUCUCUGGGGAAGAAAGAGGCCCAGUUGCAAAGCGAGAACCUUCAAACUGACACCGACUCUCGGAACACCUGGGAUUUUGCACUCGAGGAAGCGGCGCAUCAGGGUUUUCGGAAUGACAUUCACACCUGUAUCUUGAGUAUGCAGCCUGAUCCCGAGUGUGUGUGCGUUCAUGUGUUGAUAGCAGUAAGAGAAUGAAUGUGUGUGUGUGUGAGAUAUAGUUUAAAUGUGUUUUUGUCCUCUUGCUAUUGAGUCUAAUUCAACCAUGGCACAGAUCCCAUCAGCAUCUUCUUUUUUGGGGGGGAGGCUUUCAUGCUUACCAGCAAGGCUCCCUGUCGGAAACCUCACACAUCCCAGACACACACACUAGUACGUGAACAGAAAACAAGAUUAAACACUUGUCUAUGUGCAGUGUGUGAUGGCAAACGUACUUUUUUCUUUUCCUUUGCAUUUUGACAUCAUCACAAUUAAAAGCUACGUAAUAAAAGGUAGCUGCUUAUAUUUCAGUGCUUACUAGUUAAACUUUGCGUAUUGUGAAUCAUGAGGUACGAGAUAUUGCCCAAGGCGACAUCAUAUCCUCCACUUGUCUCCUAACAAUCUGUAGAUAGAACUCAAACCCCACAGUCUUUACAACUGUGGACAUGCAUUUUCCCCCUCAAAGACGUAUUGAGCCAAAUAAUCUGUGUCCUGUCUCAGUGCAUAGUGUUCAUACGUUGAGCAUGGAAGGGACCAAAAGCUGACGAACAGGUAUGUCAAAAAAGAAAAAGAUAAGAAAAAAAAUUCAAAUUUAUCGACCAAAGAUGGUUAAUAAUGACGACAAUUUAAAUACUUUUAGAUCAGACUUUCUAUUGAACUUGUAUAGUCUCUGGGGCCUUGAAUUGAGCAUGAAGGUUUUUUUUGAUAUGGACGUUUGUUUUUUCACUAGGCCAGACAUGGCUGUAUUUAUAUUCUGCCUAAUUGUAAUUGCAUACGUACUGCCAAGUGUAUCUACACUUCCUGUGACACCUUCCUUUUGUAUCUUCAAAAACCAAAAUCCGCACAAGAAGUUGCUUGUUACCUUGUCACUUGUUCAUUCCUGCGCUCUCCCAGUGCUGCAUAGUUUCUGUGACGGGUUUUAUUUUAUUUCUUGAUUUGUAUUUCUUUUUUCUUUUCUUCUUCUUCUUUUUACCACAGAUAUGCCUUGAAACAGGGAAGGAUACAGGCUGCAGAUGUUAGCUCAAUGAAAAUGCAUGGAAAUGCAUAAUAUAUACCCCCCGCCUCCUUUUCUCACUUUGAAACUGUAUCGCUGUGUUUGUUAUCAUUCAGCUGAUGUGGUCGUAGGCUUUUUCUAACAUUUUCAUACUGGGUGUCCUUUUUUGCCAGAUGUCCCAGAUUGUAAGAGUUGAGUUGCUUUCUCUAUUGUGCUAAUGUACUCGACCCUCCACACGGUUCCCUCGACCAACGGCGGUCUUGCUGUUAGAAUAAACUGCGAGAAAAUGUACAUGGUAAUGUAUAAAAAAAAAAAAUUAUAAACCUAUAUUCAGUUAGACGACUGCUGCUUGUUUUCAGUCUCCCACCUAAAGAGAGCAUUUUUUUUUUAAAUGUCUUAUUUGUCAAGAGCUGAGUCAUGCUCGUCCAUCUAAAAAGCACAAAUGCAGUAAGUGGGAUGAAAGGUUUUACAUUUUUCUUUUUAGCGUCGCACUUUUAUGAUUUAAAUGUCUGUAUACUGAAAAGCGGUUACAGUUGCCAUGGUGGUAGUCACUGCAACCAAAAGCCAAAACGGUAAACGAGUGCUUUUUAGAUGGACAGGAAAGACUCAUCAGUCGUCAAUUAAUCCAUUAGGGGUUUUUCAUGAAUAUCCCUUCAGAACAUGUUUACAGUUAUAACACAACAGAGGAAAGUUGCUUUUGCUGUUCCAUAUGGUUAAGAAUAAAUAAAUCAAACUUU